CCACGACGAGAAGCUCGCCGUCGCCGGCCCGCUCAUCGCCCCAGACACUCCCCGACCGCGACCCAGGCAGCUCCCCGCAGAAGCCCAGCGGGAGCGGACGGCCGGACUUGUUGCGCAGACACUCGGCUUGCGUGCGGCUAGACAGACGGCGGCAGGCUCAUCAGAAUGGCGGGCUUCGGGCGCUCCAACUCGCUGAGCAUCAACACAGGCAGCAGUCUCUUCGGAAAUGCCACGAGCCAGGGGCAACAGAGUGCCCGUCUCUUCGGCUCCUCGACCGCAGCCUCGCAGCCCCAGCAGACGGGCGGGCUGUUCGGCGGUGCAUCCCAAGCGCAGUCCUCACAGCCACCCCAGUCGGCCGGCCUCUUUGGCUCUCUGAACAAGCCCCAGCAGCCCGCGCCCACCGCCGGGGGGCUCUUUGGCGCAUCCACCCAGCAGCCCCAGCCCCAGCAGGGCUCCAGCUUAUUUGGGGGCGCUCUGGGUGCCAACGCCAACACCCAGAAUCAGACCCAGCCUGCCCAAACGGGUGGACUGUUCGGUAACUUCGGCCAGAGCCAGAACCAGAACCAAGCGAAACCCUCGUUGUUCGGCGCGUCUACCGCACAACAAAACACCGGCUCGUCCUUGUUCGGAAAUGCCCAGCAACAGCAGAACCAGACCUCCACCCCCUCGCUCUUUGGGAACCUCCAGCAGAAUCAAACUCAACAGUCGAACACGCUGUUUGGCGGCAUGAAUUCGCAAAACAACACCCUCGGCGGCCUCGGCCAGAGCUCCAACCUCGGUGGCUCACAGGUCAUUCAGAUGAACGAUCUGAGUCAGAUCAAAGGCACCACCCGUCUCAACGAUCUUCACCCAGACAUUCAGAAACAGGUCUUUGGGCUCGACGAUGCCAUUCAAGCAAGAAUCGACGAUGUCAACAAGAUGCGCGAAACCUAUCCCGGCCACAUCCAGAAACUUGAGACGAUAGCACCGGAUGUUGAAUACGUCGAGAAGAAGCUCGCGACGGUCGCGUUGGGUCUGGAAAACGACGCAGCCAACAUCGCGCACUUGAAGACUAUAGUUGACCACGACGCAAAUGACGCAGAGCUCUCGUUCCGUGCCAUUGUCAACCAAGCGCUCCCUGCUCAGUUCCGCUACGGAAACCCAUCAAAUCUGUCUGCAUCCACUGCGAAACCUGCAUCAGCAGGCUCCCUGGAGAACGACGACCCCACGAAGCCAGUGGAUCUCAUUGCUUACUUCAACCGCCGCACGGAUGAUCUGGGCAAGACACUGCAGACCUACCAAAGCCAAAUCCGCGAAAUUGAAAUGCACCUGAAGACCAUGGAACACGGUGUCUUGGAAAAGAACCAGCAGCUUGCGGGCGCGCGGAACAGGUCGCUGGACGACAGACAGCAGCUUGUCGAGGCCCUGAGGGCCAUUGAAUCCGCCAUCAUGGACUCGGCUAAGAAGGUUGGCAAGGUGCGUGACGAUGUCACGAGACACACGCUGGGCGGCGCCGGAGCGCCUCUGCUUUGAGCACGCACAUUGGCAACAGCGGCAACGAUUGGAGUUGGAUGCGCAAGUCUUGUUUAUUUUUCGGUCAUUUGAGAGGAAAGUAGCAGCGCGAGGCGGUGUUUGCAUGCUCCGCGCGAGCCGUGAGCCUCGCGGGGGACGGAUGGCACGCAGCCAGGCGAAAAACGAACAAUGUAGAUUCAGAUACCCAUGUACAAAAAACG